AUGACCGUGGCACGACUGAAUAAUUUUAUUGCUGCUGAUCCGGAUGUGAAAGCACUGGGUCUUUUUAACGAAGGGCAAGGUGGUUAUGAAUUGCCGAAAGAAAAAACUAAUGCCGAAAAUAAUCUCCACAUUUCCCAAAAAGGAGCCUAUUUACUAGACUUUUUCUAUAAAAAAAGCAAAGAUGGUAAAGGUUAUCCCUUUAAUCCCGACAAAUUAACUGACCCUAACAUCCAUUUUUGUCAAAUUGGGAAAAAAAGCGUCAAGAGAUUUGUUAAGAGUGGUUUAAUGGGAAAAGUUAAGGAAGUUGAAGAAGUUAUCGAAGUAAUUGGCGGUGAUAAAGGAAACUCCGGGCAUUUAGCGAUUGGCACGGGAAUUGGCAAAACUACUAAAUUAAUCAAUUGUUUAGUAAAAGCCAAAGGAGAAGUCGAAAUGGCUUACUGUUUAAGAGGAAAGCCUACUGAACGAGCCACCGAAGAAGAAAUUAAAGAGGGCAAGCAUGACCCCGAAAUGAAAUCACUUUACAAAUCUCACGGAGGCUACCCCGUAGCCAAAAACGACCUUGCUUACUGGUAUAACUCUAACACCGGACAAAAAGAAGGUUUAGAAGAAAAUAAAAAAGACUUAAAGCAAAAAGUCAAAGCAAAGCAAAUCCCUAAAGAAGAUACGAUUGUCGUUUUUGACGAAGCCCAUUUUAAUGAUGCCGGUUAUCAAGCCUUACAAUUCGAAAUGAUUAGAGCGGGCUAUAACUGUUUAAGAAUGUCGGCUACUUUUGCCGGAGCCGAGUUUUCCACCACUUCCUCUUUUCCAAUGAAGCGGGUAUUCAGUGGUAAAUUAGACCCUAAUAUGCCCGUCAGUUUAGAAGAAAGAAUUCAAACCGGAACUACUUGGAUUUUUGGCAAAAACUUGGAACUUAAUGAUGAACAAAUAAGAGCCUUGGGGAGUAAUGUCUCCUAUAUGGUUUACACUCCGGAAUUUGACGAAAACUGUGAAGAUAUUUCGCACGGUCGUCCGAAAGGCUCCGCCGAUAAUGUGGAUGGGAGUAAAGAAAUGGGUUAUACUCCCGGUAUUGACACCGUAAUUUGUUUAGGAGCUACCGAAACUACUAAUUUAGGCAAAUACUUUACUGAAUCAGAACCCACUUUGGGCUUUACGCAAAUUUCUAGUUUAGUUCAACAAAUGGGACGAGUUUCUCGAAUUAAGUAUGGUUUAGCGAUUACUCUCACUAAAGAGUGUGGAGAAAUUGACUUGUUGGAUAAUGUUAGUGCUGCCAUGGUGAAAUCCACUUUUGACGGCAACAUUAAACAAAUUAAUGACAAAGAAUAUAAGCAAAUUUACGAUGUUGACAUUUUGCGAGGUGCUUUAGCCUACCCUGACCCCAAAACUUUCGGCAAAGCCCCCGAAGAAAUCUUAAUGGGCUUAAAAAUUACCAAAGACCAACAAAGCAAAAAAGAAAAAUUAGCCAAAUUAGUUUGA